AUGGCAAGCGGCGAGCGCCAGCAGCAGACGCCGGAUGGUGACAACGGCGGGAAAUGCAAGCGACCGCAACCACCCUCCUGCGACGCGUGCAGGCUUCGCAAGGUCCGAUGUGACAAGAAGGAACGGCUUGACCAGCGCGCACAGGAGCUCGGCACCGCCUCUGCGCUCCUGCCGGAGGCAGAGGUGGAAGCGACAGCGUGCUCAAAGUGCCUGACCCAGGGCCUGCGCUGCACUUUCGAACAUGGGAGCCGAAAAAGGGCCAAGCUCCGGAACGGGAAGCGCAUCCUGGCCAUCCAGAGCUCUCAACUGCAGCAGCAGGGGCAUCCGUCACCGAUGAAUGAGGCGGCGUCGACAAGCACGCUCAAGCAGCCUUCCACCUGCACCUGCUCGUGCGCCUGCUCGUGCACCUGCGCGUGCACCUGCGCCUUUGCCCAGACUUCUCAUUCGGCACCUGCAGCCACGAAUGGCCUCCUGGGCGUGGAAGGAAUGACACGCUCGCUCUUGGAGCAGUGCUUCAAGAUGUUCUUUCGCUACGUUGCACCAAUCCGACCGAUCCUGCACCUCGACCAUUUCUGGGACGCAUACCUGAGCUACUACGAUCAGCAGCAGCAGCAGCAGCAAACGGAACAGGGUAAAGCAGAGGCUCCCGUGGCAGCAGACGAGCUUCUGCUGCUGGCCGUGGCUGGGCUCGGUGCGGGACUGCUCGAGCCAUCGAUGGCAUCCCUGGGCAGCGAGGCCAAAUUCAAGCUGCAGGACCGCUGUGUCGAGCGAUACAGCGUGCUGUUCGAGGAGAGGGACUGGACGGACUGGCACCAGCGGAGCAACGCGGGCGACGUGGUGGAAGCCAUGUAUCUCAUGACCGAUUUUGACGAAGAGGUACCCCAGGGCAGACGAGACAGUCACGAAGCGACGUCUGGCACUCGAGGCAGCCCCAAAACUUCCUCCUCAUACAGGCAGAUGACCGACGUACCAAAGGGAGGCCAGGAACACAAAGCAAAGGAGGGCCCUCUGCGCAGGGGCAUAUUCUCACACACGCUUCUCGUCGAGAUGGCCAUGUCUUUGCGAGUCAAUCGCGCUCCGCAGAGACGGACCGACUGUGCGGAGGGCGAGACGAGGCCAUUUCGUGAUGCUGAUGGCUCCUUCAUAACGGCAAAGGAGCUGUUCCGGAGAAAGCGUAUCUUCUGGGUCAUUUUCACGCACGACACCCUGCGCUGCUUUGCCAGGAGAGAGUCUCCCAGGAUAGGCGAUGACGACUACGACCAGGAUCUGCCAAAGCUGAGCGCAGUGGAUGGUAGAUCCAAAGAGCGCCAAGAGCAGCCUCGGAAGGUCAGGGCAGGAAAGGGCGCGGACCCAUUGAUUGACUUCUCAAUAUACCAGACGGGAGACGCCACAGAUCCGUCGGUGAAUCCGGCGCCCGCAAACGUCACCACACAGCCAGCACGAUCAGUGCGUUUCGACGGGCUGUAUCUCGAGCACAACCUGCGCUUCGUCUUUCUCGUCCGCGCCGUCGCAAUGCACUUUGUGUCGCCACGCUCGCAGGGCAAGGGCAUCCGUGUCCGAGACGUAGACAAUGCCGUCUCUGCGCUGCGCCUGUGGAAGCAAGAGCUCCCAGGUGAACUGCGGUGGGAGAGGAAUGUUCGACCGCUUGCGGCACAGCACGUCACGGAAGGUGACGCGCGCAAGUCGGCUCCAAUCGGCUGGGAACUGGCGCGUAGGAACGCAAUCAAGGCCCUCUCGCUCCAGUACCUCUACCACGGCACGAUUCUGUGUCUGUGGUCAGCCGUAAAGGACUUUGGGCUGCGCACGGGUCAAGACGUGACUGAGCAGGCCAGUCUGCUCGUCUUUCGGAUGAAGAGCAAGCCCGAUGGCAAAGAGGCCGUCGACGAACAAGACUGCGCCGAUUCUGACACUGGCGGGAGGGUCGACAAGCUGGCAAAGAGCUCCUUUGAUCACUUUGUCCAGGUGACGAGAGAGGCCCAACCUCAUGGGCUCCUCCGUUGCUCGCCAAAUGCCUUCUUGAAGACCAUCGUCGCGUUUGUCCAUCUCGGCAUAGGCAUGGCCGCCAACGAAGCCGAGCCCGGUGCGGUUGCUCACAUCGCAGAGUGCUGUCACUCUCUCGUCGCUGCACUUUCCACCAUCGAUUCGUAUCAGAACGUACAUGAGCUACGCGAGCAGCUGGGGCUCAGACUACAGCAUCUUCCCUCGACCGCUUCCACGCAGGAUAACCAGACUGGGGCCCAUGUGCCGGCUGGACAGGAGCACUUCGGCGAGGACCUUCACCUCUUUUCUAGCGAUGCUCAACAGGCGCAAACUCCAAACGCGAAUUCCUGGCUGUCAGAUUGGCUGGCGCAGGUGCUGUUCCAGCCCAUGUCGGAUGCUCUCUUGCCUGGGGACGACGUCUACCGGCAGCAGGGCUGGCAAGAAGGAACGUCGACUGCCGGGCUCACUGAAGAGCAGGAAUUCCUGGGCCUCUUCGAUCCAGUCUGGUGA